AUGCUCGGGGAUAUGGUGGCUGCUUUUCGCAACCACGACGACCUUCUCGUGAGCGAGCUUAGGCACCACAACCUCGAUGUUCCUGGGCCAUCACCGUCCGACCCCCGAUUCCAACGCGCCUUGAGGGCCAUUCACGAGUUGGAGCCGAUGCCCGCAUGUGUCAUGCCCCACCCGGUAACAGGUGGAUACACAACUGUGGAGACGCGUUAUCGCAGACUGUUCAUCUUGGGGACCGAUCCAGUUUCCGGCGUCACUUUCGAGAAUCGCUGGAGGUAUCGCUCUGAGUUCGUGCGCGACCUGGGGCGAUUGGAGCAGCUUCGUCUCGAUCUUGGUCCCCAGCCGACCUCAAACAACCGUCCUGAGCCAAGUCUAGAGCAGACAAGAUUACUCAUCGAAUUCGGAGCCCUCUUGGACAAACUCAUGCCUGACACUAGGGACUCUCUUCCCAUCGAGACCUUGCUUCUGAGCAACGAUCCGCCAAGCGAUGCUCUUGUCCGCAGCAUUGAUCCCCAGCUCCUGCUAGAGGCGAGGUUGUUCUCAGUGCUCUCGGUCGCAACAGAAAGGGACCUCAGGCAAUCGUUUGAGGAGGUUGUCAGUUCUGUAGAUCCAGGGUAUUCGUGGCAAUCUCGUGAACGAGCAGGUGAACGAGCAAUCAGAAAUAUCCUUGGAGAGUACAGACAUCAUUGGUUUAUCAACAAAGGCAUUUACCGUCAUUACAUGACCAGCCACAGCCAGGCGGGUCAAUCAACGGGUGUCGUACCUAUACCUCAGGAAACUACGGUGGUCAGUGUGGUCCGGUUCCCGACUCGUCCAGCACAUCAGCGAGAAGUGUCUCUGAUGCGUCCGAGCCAGGGUAUUAUGUGGCAACCCAGUAUGUCGCCGUUCAGGUCCUCGGCCGCUGAGAGUCAAAGUAUGAGAGUUAGUUGGUUCGAUGAGAUGCCGCGUGGAGCCAAUGCGGAAGCUCUGCUUGAUCCGGAGUAUCUCCAGUGGCGGCAAGAGCAGGUUGAACCGUCGAGAUUCAACAGUCCCAGAGCCGUGGGACAACUGCCUUGUACACCGGACAUGGACGAACUUGUGCGACCACCCCAGAACAGAGAGCCAGAUCUUCACCCGGAACAGAUGAGUCGGCGAGGAGAAAUCCAUGAGGCCAUCUCCAGCGAGCUGCAACCGCUAAUCCCUGGACUCCAAGCGCAAGCAGAGGCAUCCAGACAGUUGCCUCGCCAGGCCAUUCGCGAUCGCAGUGUGCAGACCAAUGCGAACGCCAUGGGUGCUCGGGUGAUUCGCAUGCUCCGAAACUCCCUUCACCGACGCCGGUCACAGUAG